UUUUGAAAAAUUCAGACAACACGUUGACUGACUCAUAAUUGUAGAGGGACUGUAUAUGUACAUAUUUGAAGGUGUAAUCUAAUUUCAAACUAACUGAGUGAGGUGAUUCAAAUACAAAUGCAAACCUCCUUAACCGGGAUUAAUCAGACAGCUCAUUAGUCACCCUACGAAACAGAGACAGCAUUCAACAAGCGGCUGGGGGAUUCACCGGAAUUCAGAAACAACGCUCGAGCAGUGAGCUGCGUGAUAACCGGUAACUUCAGUUAUCAACCAACAGUGAGAGUAUAAGCAUAAUGUUAUUACUCGGAAUUCUUCUACUCAGCAUCCAGAGCUCAAGCACUGAGAGCUUGAAAAAUGUUACUAAUUCCGGAUUCGGAUAUGAGCUUGCUCUUGCUGGACUGGAAGCGAUCAAUUUUAGUUUACUAACAGAUCAGCUCCGUUCGAAGCAAUACCAUCAGACCCUAGAGUCGGUGGUAACGAAUCUCCAGAAUACCGUCGCUAACACGGAGCAGAUGGUAAUACGACAAAGUAAACUUUUGAGCAACUUUGAAGUCCAACUAAAGAAGCUGUCGGCCACUAUCGAACCAGUUGGUAAUAUUCCUACGAUCCUAAGUGAGCUUGAUUUGCUGGCUCACAACAUCACACAACUGCUUGUGCGCGUGGCGAGCAUCACCCGUGUUCAGCAAGUACUACCUACAACGGAAAUGUUGAAUGAUUUUAUCCUACAAACCCUCUCCGAACGGCUUCGGACUCCAGGAAUGCUUAAAACACUAGAACCUCGCGAACUACCGACUUCUUGUGCCAAUGCGCCCGAUCGGAGCUCCGGAAUUCGUCGAAUCCAGCCACAACCGGGUUUUACGGAUGCGUUCGAAGUCUACUGUGAACAGGACUACGAAGAUGGUGGCUGGAUAGUAAUACAGAACCGUUUCGAUGGUUCGGUAAAUUUCUACCGCGGCUGGAGUGAGUACGAGUCCGGUUUCGGUAGUUUGAGGGGAGAGUUUUGGCUUGGGUUGCGAAAAAUCCAUGAGCUAACGUAUGGCAAACCUCACGAACUGCACGUCAUACUGGAAGAUUUCGAAGGUCAAACCGUGGUUGCUAAAUAUAGUCACAUUCUUGUUGGGGGACCGAACGAGAAGUAUUCUUUGAAUAGUCUAGGGACUUAUAGCGGUACGGCCGGCGAUUCUCUCAGCAAUGCGGUCAAGAUGAAGUUCUCAACACUGGAUUCGGAUAAUGACUCUCACGCUACGGGUAAUUGUGCCGUGCUAUAUCAAGGGGCUUGGUGGUAUGGCGCUUGUCAUUCAAGUAAUUUGAAUGGAUUAUACAUGCGUGGAAAGGUGGACGUUUUCGCAACAAUGAUGUGCUGGAAGGAGUUCAAAGGAUACCAUUAUGGCUUGAAGCGUUCCCAGAUGCUAAUCCGUGCCACCAGCUGAGAUCGGAUGUGGUAUAACAAUGGCUAGGUGAUACAAUAUUUUAUGCAAUUGAGUUAACGGCUAAUAAAACCGAUUGCAUUCAGUCAAAUGCAGCGUAAAUUGUUGCCGGUAUUAUUAAUGAUGUAAACGGUUUUCUUGCCGCCUACAGCACUGCGAAUGCGAAAGGGAAAAAGUGUACCCGUGUAAGUGAUAAGCUAUAUUCUACGCGGUGAUAAACUUGCCACUAGAGUAUCCUGAGCGUCGUUACUGAGAUUAAAAAUAAGUUUUGUGGUUUACCACAAAACUGGCGCGAAAGCUGACGGGGUCGAGUACAGUCGCACUUUGCUGCACUGUAUUAAUUUUUGUUUAUUUGUUUUGUCUCCAAACACAAAUAUUCUGUUAGUUUAACAUAAUGAGCAAAUGUUAAACCCAAUUUAACUUGUAUUUACCUGAAGUUGAACUUUCAUCAUCAGUUCUUUUGUGUCCACAUAUCAAACAAUUAUAAAUCUAGCCUACAUUUUGGCAUGGCGUCUAAUUAGUAAUGAAUUACCUAAUCGCAAUUGCUUGAAGCAACGUGCCCUAACGGAUGAAACCCGUGCCAUUACUCGCAGCAUCUUACACAAAAAUACGUCACAGGAACACAUGCAGCGACUUACGCUAGCAGCCGCCAUGUGCGAUGACAUUCGCGAAGAACAGAUCUAAUGAAAAUAAGAGCGAAGUUAGAUCGUUCUUAGGUCUAGCGAACCACCAUCAACGAAGUUCUUAGAAAACUCACGCAAAAAGGGGUUACGUAUAAUUGUGGAGAACCCGAACAAUCAGCAUUCAUAGAGAUAAAAUGCAGAAUAGCAAAAGCUGACUGAUUGGAGUUCUCUAGACUAGAAGAUGGAACCUCACUUAUUGCCGAUGCAAGUCCUUAUGCGCUCGGAGCAGUUCUAAUACAGACAAAUGACCAAGGUGAAUCACGUUUUAUUGUGUUUGCAUCCAAAUCGUUGAUUGAUACUGAAGGGAUAUAGUCAUUCCACAAAGGAAGCGUUCGAUUUAGUUUGGGGAGUAGAACGGUUUCAAACAUAUAUUAGAACAUAGUUCUAUAUGUUUUCAAAUAGCGUGCAUAGAACAGAGCAGCGACAUUAUAUAAUCAAUAAAUACAGUUGAUCGUAGUUUGGAAAUCUAUCCAACCCAGUUUCAA